UACAGCUCCACAGCUCUCCCUGAGGCUUGAAGUGACAAAGCUCCUGGUUAUUACGGAGCUUUUGGGUGAUGGAUUUUCCACACGCAAUUAACAUUUUUAUGUCUUUUUCCUUUUUUUUUGUAAAAUAAAAUAACAUCAGAUAGCUGAAGAACACGAGAUGAGCUUUGAGAAUUAUUAGGAAUUCAGUAAGUGAAGGAUUUAUGCUGUACUUGGACACUUGGGAUGGAGAUGGAAUAAAAACAAGAUGUAACCUGUCUGAUGUUUCUGAGCUGGAUUAAGAUUCCAAGGUUCCUUCUUAAAGUUUCCUGACUGAAGUCACGGACGAUUAAUGAUGCAUCACUAACGACGCUACAUCCAAGAUUACAUAACGAUACAGAAAUGGUGUGUACCGAGCAAAGCUCCGGCACCUCUGUUCCCAAGAAGGAGCCUCAGGUCCGUCAUAAACGCAAAUCCCGUCCUCAGGGCCUCCCUUCACCUGCGCUGUGCUGUGCAUGUGGCCUGUGCAUCAUGCUAGCGGGUAUCAACAUCACCCUUGUGGGCGCCUUCGCCUUUGCUACACUUAUUCCUUCCGGUAACCCGCCCAUCAUUAUCGGACCAGUCCUACUGCUCGUUGCCUUUAUGUUCUUCACCGCCUGCUGCGUGUGCAGCCGCAUGCCUCCUCCGCACAGCUCACGAAGAACCAAAUCAGGCAAUGCGGGUUUCUUACGGCACCACGGGGCGGCUUUUGAGAUUGAAACAAGUGAGCACACCAUUCAGGACACGACCGCCGUCCAGCUCAGUCCCACUAACUCGCCCAGCUUGUCUCACAGCUCAGAAUUAGAUCGAGAUGCUAACAUAAAUGCAAGUGCUAAUGUUAACACUAAUGCUAAUGCUAAUCCACCUGCUCCAGACUAUUUGCUCUUCACUAUGGAUGCUAACGGCCCAGACUCAAUGUCCGCAGCUUUUUCCACCACAGCAGGAAGUGGGGAAGAGGUCAGGCUUACGCUGCCCUCCAACGCCACCUAGGAGACUUUAAAUCUAUUCUAUAAAUGUAAAUAAAACAUUACAGAAGGAAAGGAGCUUGGGAGCCUUUUUGUGGUUUGUGUAGUACAUUAACGCAAAAAUAUUAGCGCAAGAACAUGGAAGCGUCCUGAUCCAAAGGAGUCCAUAAUGUAACAAUGACAUGACACUGGCAGCGUUUACAGACUCCACCGGAAGCAAGAACAUUGUCACGUUCACUUUAUCAUCCAACGGCACAGAAAAUCUGCACAUUUUCACAGAGAUGUAAAUAACAUGUUUCAAGAGGAACUUUGGCUCUGGAACCACUGGUGUGGCAAUUACAUGAGAAACUCCUUGAAGUGGAAGCCUCAGAUCUAAGUAUGCUAAUCCUUCCCUACGGAUGCUAAUCAGACAAGCCUGGCAUUAACAAACUGGAGGUUUUUCUGCUUCUAAUGUAUGCAUCCACAGAGAAGAGUCCAUAAGUUUCCACUGAGAUGUAAAUAGCUUGUUGGAUGUGUUCAUCGUGAGUGUAUCGGGACCUUCUUGAAAACUAAUGCCAAGGUGAAUGCUAGCUUAAACUCACCUUGUCCGGCUGUCACACUCUUGCUAAUUGGUGUAGCUUGGCGUUGACUACUACUUUUGCAUUUUGUCUUUGGGAAGCAGAGAUGAGGUCAGAUUCAUUCCAACUUCUGAUGCCACCUUGGAGCUGAGUAAGUGUAGUGCUUUAGAGGAGACGUGUUAGCACUUUUUGAAGAAGUCCUGCUUUUGGAACAUCGACAGAGAAACGUAUUAAAAGCUUUUGAAAGUCCAGACUCCAAAUGGAUGGAGCCUCAGUGUGUGAAUCACUGUGUCUUGUGUUUCACACGUUCGCACUCUGCCACUGUUACUCAGAUUAUUCACAGUUAUGGCGCUAACAAAGAGACAGAAUCUGCCGCCAUGCCAAGAUGCUUUUGCAUACGGAGAUGUGAUUAUUACACCGACUAAAAGCAAAUACGAAACUUCUCACCAUCAGACACAUGUUUCUUUUUCCGUUUAAAUGAAAAAACUUGUUGUUUAGUAUCACACCAUGAAGGAGGAACUGCUGUCGUCUAAAGGAAGGGGGCCAAAACUAUUAAGCAUCAUGAGUUUUGCAUAUGGCAUUAAAAAAAAUGUCCAAUUCAGACAACCAUCAUUAAGUUUUAUUUUUAGUCAUUUCAGUAAAUGAAGGUUGGUUAUGCUAACAGUUUGCUGCGAGUGGAACAGUGGGGCAGAUGUAGCUCAGAAACACUGAGCUGUUAAAACUCGACUCAACAAUCCGGAUGCUUUUGGUUUGUAAGUAAAACUCUUUAAAUAUUCAGAAUAAAAAGUUGUAUCACUUUUGUUAUUGCGAUUGACACCUCGCUCAAUCUCUCCUGGACCUGAGUGUGAAUGGCGUACAAAUUCUAUUUAAAGCCACGCCCCCAGAACAGAUGUAACACUAAAAUGCUAAUAAAGGAGGUGGAGCUUUCUUAAUUGUCAUACAACGUUAUUCCCUUUUUUUCUAAGACACAGGAUAAAGGGCUGCUUUAAACCACUUCUCUUAUGAUUCUCCAGAGAUUUUGGCAAAGAUUAGACACUGUGAUUAAUUAGCGAUUAAAAAGGAUUAGAGAUCUUAAUCUCACAUUGAUAAUGCGAUCCUUUAAUUGAAAUCGAUUUAUUAUCUAACGUAAUCUAAUCUUAUCUAAUCUCCUGCAUGUUUAAUGUUUAAGGGAAUAAUUUCUCUGCGUCACCUCAUAUUUAGUCCCCGGUGGGUGACUGAAGGACGAUUCAGGUGAACUUAGAUACAGGAUAAAUAUAAAUACUAGGAACAUGCUUUAGGCUCUAAUAUUUUUUUCAUAAAGAAUUUGUAGGGGUGCCAAAAAAAUUUAAACAAAUGAUUUUGUUACAAAAUGUAGUUUACUAUAAUAAAAUAAUGACAGGUUUCCUUCUCAGUGUGAGAUGAAACCCAUCUUUACCAGGGGUGCCAAUACUUUAUGUGCGAAUUGUCACGUCUGUGUGAUUUUUUUGUUGUUAAAUAACAUCAAAGCAGACAUUUUACUGGAGAAACUGAUAAUAUUAAACAUAUGCAAGUGUUACUGCGCCAUAACGUAAAACAACCAAUCAGGUUCCGUUAUGCAAAUUACAGGCCACGGAAUUUUAAAGUGGGUGGGGCAUGCAGCAAAUGUAAAGUGGGCGGGGCAAGCAGCACUUUUGUGUGUCUGUGGAACUGCUAGGUGAAUUUAGACUACUUGAAUUUUCCCUGCAGUUUUGUUCAGUCAUAUUUAGUUUUUAUUCUUUCCACUAAAUCAUGAUGCAUUUGAAAAGAGAUUUUCCGUUCUGCGCUCGUUUACCACAGGUCAUCAGAAAAGGUCAUCGCUCGUUACUCUAAUUAUUCAACAGAGAUAAAGUGGCUAAUGGAAAAUAACAUUAGGAAAUGGUGUGUGUGUGUGUGUGUGUGUGUGUGUGUGUGUGUGU